UUAUGUUAGAUGCUAACGCUAGCUGCGCAAGCUGAAGUGCAUUUUUACGAACUCAUGUGUUGUUAGCUUAGCUCGUUAAAUGUAAGCCAAUUGUGGGCGAAUAACGUUAUAAUUUACCAACGUCGGGUUUAGCACAAAUUGAUUGAAACCACGUGUUGUUCGUUUUAUUCUUUCUUUGGGUUUUGUUUUGCUCGUUGUUUUCCAGCGAGCUGCUUCAUUGCUAGUGCUAGCGAGCUAAACGGCAGAUGCUAACGUGACAUUGAGUAUGUGAACCGGUGACAGACAAUGAAACAGCCUGGUCUGACUACAGAUCUGCAGAUAAUGGAGGGAUCAGAAGUCACAUCCAUGCCAGAGGAAUCAGACUCUGUGGAUCAGCGCCACAAUAACCCGUCCAGUCUAAAAGAGGAGGAAACCUCACACAGCAAUGCACAUGAGGAAGAAAGUAUUUGCCAGACAAAUAGUGAGUUUCAACUUCAAAGUGAGUUAGCCAAAACUACAAUAGAUGUUGAAGAGGACACAAAAGCACAGCAGGAACCUCUAGAAGAAGAGGAAACUGCUCCUGAUGUUAAAUAUGAUGCCAGUACAGUUUUAAGUGAAAGUCAUAAACCUCCACUUAGUCUUUCUAAUGAAGACUCUGCUGUUUUGAGACCUCCUGCCACCUGUCAGGAUGUAUCACAAACCUCUCCUGUUCUUGAAGGGACAACAGAGCCAUUAUUGACUUUUGAUGAAGAAACUCAAAACAGCACCGAGCAGCCAUUGGUUUUAGUAACUGAAUCUGCAGAGUCAUCUCCUGCAGACAAUAGAGAUUCAGCUGAAACUCCAUCUUCUUCUUUCCAAAAUACUUCCAACAAUUCCCCUACAGCCUCUAGUAUGUCUAAUGGUCCCUCCACGCCAAACUCUGACACACUGAGUGCCUCGCUCGCGUCUAACCGUCAUUUCGGUGCCAACAGCUCAGUCCCCUCACAUUCCACACCAAGCCCCUUUGACACGGACUGCAGUCGGAAACUUAUUUCCCAGAUCCAGCGCUCCCUGUCGCAAGAGUCCCUGCUGGAUGAGCUUGAGUCGGAGCUGCUGGCUUGUCAGCUGCCUGAAGGAGAAAGCAGAGGAGAAAAUAAAGGGAGCCCACCUGUUAAUGGACUUGCGGCAGACCAGGAAGGCUGCAUGAUGGUCUUUGAGAAGUGUGUGCAGUACAAAUGUGCCCAGCAGGAGAAAGCUAUUCAGAAGUUGCUGGAGGAGAAUAAGAGACACCAGGAGCUGAUACUGGGUAUCUGCUCAGAGAAGGACAACAUGAGGGAUGAGUUGAAGAAGAGGACAGAAACGGAGAAACAACACAUCACCAUCAUCAAAAAGCUGGAGGGCAGAGCGGAGGAGCUGCUGAAGGAACUGAAGGAGUCUCGGGAGAAACUCAUCCACCAGGAGCAGACGGCUAAAGCUGCUCUCCAGCAGCAGCUGAAGGAGACGACUUACCGGAUCGAGCAGGUGAACAAGAAGUGUGAUGAGGCACGCCAAGAGAAGGAAACCAUGGUGAUGAAAUAUGUCCGGGGGGAGAAGGAAGCCCUCGACCUGAGGCGGGACAAGGAGAGUUUGGAGAAGAGGCUCAGGGAAGCCCUGAAGGAAGUGGACCGCCAGGCCCUCCGAGGAAACCAGCUGGCUCAGGAGAAGGGGCGGCUGCAGCAGCUGUAUGAUGCAAAGGAAGGCGAGGUCGGCAGGUUGGCACGAGAGGGGGAGAAGUUAAAGGAGGAGAUCAACUCCCAUCUCAUCAAAGUCAAAUGGGCCCAGAACAAACUGAAGAGUGAAGCAGACUCUCAUAAGGAAACAAAGGACCGACUGAGAGAAACAGCAUCCAAGUUAGCUCAGGCGAAAGAGGAGACUGAACAGAUUCGUAAGAACUGCCAGGACAUGAUUCGAACCUACCAGGAGUCAGAGGAGCUCCGGUCCAAUGAGCUGGACGCUAAACUCAGAGAAACCAAAGGAGAGCUGGAGAAACACAAGCAGGAGCAAACCGACCAAUUAGAGAUGCAUCGAGUGAAGGCUAGAGAGCUGGAGGAGCUGAAGAGGAGUUACAAGGAAAGCAUGGAUGAGCUCGAGACUCUUCGCACCAAAUUAAAGUGUCUAGAGGACGAGCGGCCGCGGUGGGAGGACGAGCUGACCAAAUACAGGGAGAUCAUAAACCGGCAGAAGGCUGAGAUCGGUCGCCAGAGAGGCGAGCUGGAAGAGGUCACGGCGCUUCAGGAUCAGCAUCAGCGGGACAAACAGGAGAUCAUGUCACUCCAGGAGGAGGUGGACGGUCUGACCAGUCAGAUAGCUGACCUCCAGCGAGACGUUCUGGGCAGCAGGGAGCGCGAGGCCGAGUUACUUGGUUUCACCGAGAAGCUGAGCAGCAAGAACGCUCUGCUGCAGUCGGAGAGCAAUGCGUUGCAGUCUCAGCUGGAUCAGGUCACCAACAGCUUCACAGAGCUCCAAGGAAGGCUGGAGGAGACCAGCAGGCAGCUGGAUGACAAGUCACGGCGGUUGAAACAGGAGGAGGUGCUGAGGCAGCAGGAGGUGCAAGCUCUGCAGGAGGAGCGGGCAGCUCUGCAGACUGAGGUGGCCAAACUAAAAACCAGGGUGGAGGAGCUGAGGGACGAACUGGUGACUCAGAAACGGAAACAAGCAGCCAACAUCAAAGACCUCACCAAACAACUCACACAGGCUCGUAAGAGGCUGGAGCAGGUUGAGAACGGAGGGUGUGACCGGGACGCCAGCAGCAUGGGCAGUCGCUCCAGUUCCUCAGGUACUACUCUGAGAUUUGGUUCCUUAAACACUCGCCACGGUGGGAGCAGUAGCGUUGAGGAGCGCUCACCGGAGAGCCAAUCGGGUCCCUCUGUGAUGGUUGUGGACAGCUUCCCCGAGGUGGACAAGGCCGUGCUGGUGGAGCGCAUCGUCCGCCUGCAGAAAGCUCUGGCACGAAAGCAGGAAAAGAUCGAGUUCAUGGAGGAUCACAUCAAACAGCUGGUGGAAGAAAUCCGGAAGAAGACAAAAAUUAUCCAGAGCUAUGUGCUAAGAGAAGAGUCAGGGGCUCUCUCAUCAGAGGCGUCAGACAUUAACAAGGCCCACCUGAGCCGGCGCGGGGGCAUCAUGGCUUCUCUAUACACCUCCCACCCUGCGGACAGCGGGCUGACCCUGGACCUGUCACUGGAGAUUAACAGGAAGCUGCAGGCUGUGUUGGAGGACACGCUGCUGAAGAACAUAACUCUGAAGGAGAAUCUACAGACUCUGGGGUCCGAGAUCGAGAAGCUCAUAAAGCAGCAGAGGCCUCCCCAGGAUGGAGUCAGGACCAAGUGACACAAACCUGAGGACAGUCUUGUUGAUCCACACCUCAUGAGGGAAUAAAUGUGUAGAACGUGCCAGAGGCACACGAACUUGCUUCCAUGCCUAUUUUCUCUGUUUUAAAACCCCAACGACUCACUCUUACUGCUCCCUCUAAGUGUCACCAACUAGACUACUUAAAGUCCACGCUGACGAUCAUUAAGAACUGAUUUGAUCCUUGCCAGCACGUUUUUCUUCCCAUCACAUGAAGGCUUUUUUUUAGGUUCUGAAUGGAUCUGAACCUCGUUGUUUUUUUUUUACCACCUAUUUAUUUAUUUUUCUCUGCAAAGCACUUACGAGCAGGCUGGUGGAGCGAGGUGCCUCCCAUCAGUGGGCUCACCCGUCUGUGUGGCACAGGUGCUACAUUUCAGGAAGCAUCUUGGUAAUGCUCCCUGCAGCCAUCUGUGGGAAAGUACCUCCAGCUACGUAUAGUCUGGGUCUCUGAAACAAAUCUAAGGUCUUUAGUUCUGCUAAACUGAAUGUAUUUUUCCCCUUCAAGUUGAUUUAAUAUAAUUUUUUUUUUAAAUAAAGCCUCAGAGUUUUAUUUUUAAUAGUGAUUUAUUAUUUAGAUUUUUUAUUUGGAGGUCUUAACGUAAACAUUUAAGUCUUCUUCCCCCUUGCAGAUGGCAUUAUUACAAACAGCAGCUAGAGGGGAGAGAAGACUAAAAUGUUCAAAUAUGUGUCUACACUCCUCUUUAUUUGUGUUUUGUAGCAUCACUGAGACCGUAGAGGUGAAAAAUGAUCGACUCAUAAAGCUGAGCGCAGGUUUGCAACUGUAGCUCAGGAAAGUAAAUGGAAAAAUAUCCAGGGAUAAAGUGCAAUGUUGCUCCAUUACUUCACUUUUUGUUUUCUUCAUUCUGAAUGAGUUUGUGUGCCAGUAAACCGUUUUUGUGCAACAUGAACCCUGCUGGUGUUUUGAGUAUUUAAAAAAAACGUGUGCAUGGCUGCAUGUGUGCCUUCUCCAUCGCUCCUCAGGAGGAAGUCUUUGCUCCUCACUGAAGGAUGUAUGCUCUUAACACUUGAUAGAAGAGAGAGAGAGAAUACCACAUUUCCUUUCUCUUCAUUUGACCCGAUUUGCAGAAGCUGUCCGAAAACAAUGUCUUAUUUCUGCGUAACCAUUCAUGAUGGACCCAUUCCUCUUGCCUUGCACCCCGAGGUAAUGCAGAGGAGGACCGCUACGUGAAUAAAGAUGAAAGUGUCCGCUAUUGAGGUCACACAGAUCUUAAAGCCUCUGCUGCAGCGGCGAGUGCUUGGCAUUUGAAGGAACUCUACUUUUAUUGCAUCCAAGUCGACUUCUUCACCAAAUGGGAUCAGUUUGUAAAACUGCAGCCGGCAAAGAGCUGGAGAUUUCACUUUUGUCCGCUCCUCAAGAACAAAAAACACAACUGAUCUCACAUUUAGGUUCUAUCUAAGUGAGUUGGUCAUUUCAGAGAUGAAUUCUUGUACCUCCUUAAAUCAAACCGGAGCUUUUUGAUGCCGAAUGUUCCGUGUUGUCUCCGGUUCUUCUGCCAAACGCUCGCACAGGACAUCCUAAUUCAGUCUCUAAUUCUCCAAAGUAUUCUAAUGCUUUCACCCAAAUCAGGCCGAGUUGCUUUAUCCAAGAUUUGCUGCGUUCCGCGGCCGUGAAACCAAGCCACGCUGCAGCUUUGUGUGGAUGAAUGAACCAAAUCCUUUAAGUAUGAAGAAAAAUUCAGCAUGUGCUGAUAUGUAAAAACAACAAAAGAUGAAACAAGUAUGUAUCAUGUUGCUGCUGUGAUGAAUGAAUCCCUUCAGCUGUUCAGACUGUGAUUAUUUGUAAAUAUGUCAUUCUGUAAAAUGAUGAAACGUUUUUUUUAAACUGGAUCGUGUUUGUACAUAUGUGUUUCCAGGGAAUAAAAGGAGUUGAUUGUUAACUCCGUCGCUCCACUGCA